AGGCAGAUUGGGCUUAGUAGUUUUCACACAUUGGCCCUAGUCUGAGCGUGAAAGAAGGCAAAGCCGGCCGUUCAGCGUCCUCUCGUUUGUAAACAAACCGAAGAAGAACCAGAAACAUAGAUCGAGAACGAAACCAAGGACGAAGGCUGUACUCCGAAUAAUAAGCGGUUUUCAUCGGUGAAACAAGACCAAUUGCUCCACGACGGCACGCCAUGAGUGAGCACUCAACCACCUCUUCGUCCACCUAUUCCGUGAACAGUGGCGCGUCCAAUGGCGGGGCUGAGGCUCCCAAAGAACCCUCCGCGGUUAGUGGUGUUGGUGCCAAUCUGACCAACGUCAACACCACCAAUGGGGGCGAGGCCGCCAAUCAGCAACGCAAAUCUAACCUUCAACGCAUCCAACAGCGCAAACAGGCUGUUCGCCAAUGGCCGUUGGAAAAGAAGCUGGAGAAAUUAGCCAUUUAUUCGUCGUGUAAGGCCGAAGGGGUUCAAUGCAACGGCUGGAAGAAUCCCAAUCCGCCCCCCAACCCGCCCCGUCCGGAUGCCAUCACGCCUUCAGCCCAGCCUGAGGAUAAGUGUAAGAACUGCCACUUCCCGCUCUCCGAUCAUGUAAGCCAUUUGCAAGCCGAGGCUCACGAUGAAUUGGAUCGCUUGCUCGGGAUCGUGGUGGAUGUGGAGAAUCUGUUCAUGUGCGUCCAUAAAGAGGAGGACUCCGACACCAAGCAAGUCUAUUUCUACUUGUUCAAAUUGUUGCGGAAGAGCAUUCUGCAGCUGAGUAAGCCCACAGUGGAAGGUCCAUUGGGCAGUCCGCCGUUCGAGAAACCCAGCAUCGCGAAAGGCGUGACCAAUUUUGUAUUGCACAAGUUCGGCCACCUCCCACCCAAGGAUUGGCAGACCAUGUACGAUCUCGCCAAGAUGUUUUUGCAUUGUCUGAACCAUUGGAAGCUAGAGACACCGUCAGCGCGGAAACAAGGCAUGAGCUCGGACGAUAUCUCAGCUUAUAAGGUGAAUUAUACUCGUUGGCUUUGCUAUUGUCACGUUCCCGCCUUCUGCGACUCAUUGCCCCAUUACGACACCACAUUGAUAUUUGGACGGACACUUCUUCGGUCCGUUUUUCAGGUGAGACGCCCCAUUUGGGACCCCGAUUUCCGUCAAGCACCCCCUCCUCACGCCAUGCAGUCGGCCAUGGAGCGAGCCAGUGGCAAAUCAAGUGACUCCUCCGAUCAGGUGGGCAGUCGGAAAAGAAGCUCCGAAGAUGACGAAGGCGUGCCGGAAAGCAAACGGCAAAAGCGCCGAGACAGUGAGGAGGGCGAAGACCUAGACGCUGUCAUCGCCGAGAUCGUGUCCGUGAUUGACGAUCAGCAUAAGAUGUUGGGACCCGCAGCACUCCUACCUGAGCAUGCACCGCGCGACGAAGCGGCUAAAUUAGAAGAGAAACGCAAUGCCAUUGAAUUCCAUUGCAUAUCCAAUUCCCUCACAGAGAAAGUACCCAAGCAAACCAUGUUGUGGUUGAUCGCCUUGCAAAACGUAUUCUCUCACCAACUUCCCCGCAUGCCCAAAGAGUACAUCACUCGGUUGGUUUUUGAUCCCAAGCACAAAACGUUGGCUUUAAUCAAAGACGGUCGACCGAUCGGAGGGAUAUGCUUCCGCAUGUUUGCUUCCCAAGGAUUUACUGAGAUUGUCUUCUGUGCUGUCACGUCCAAUGAGCAAGUCAAGGGUUACGGCACCCAUCUCAUGAAUCAUCUCAAAGAUUAUCACAUCAGAAAUGGCGUGUUUCACUUUCUCACGUUUGCCGACGAGUUCGCAAUUGGUUACUUUAAGAAGCAAGGUUUCAGCAAGGACAUCAAGCUCUCUAAAUCCGUGUAUCAAGGCUAUAUCAAAGAUUACGAAGGCGCUACACUCAUGGGUUGCGAAUUGAAUCCCAAGAUUGUGUAUACUGAAUUUACUGCGGUGGUGAGGAAGCAAAAAGAGAUUCUGAAGAAACUCAUAGAGAGGAAGCAGAAUCAAAUUCGGAAAGUUCACCCUGGACUGACUUGCUUCAAGGAUGGCAUCAAAGAGAUUCCGAUCGAGAGUAUUCCUGGUGUCCUCGAGGCUGGCUAUGUUCCCCCUGACCGACCUGGCCGAGUCACGCGAGGCACUGACGAGAAACAAGACCCCGAGACCUUGUAUAAUAUCUUGAAAAUGAUUCUGACUGGCGUGAAAAACCAUCAAUCCGCUUGGCCUUUCCAAUCAGCAGUGGACAGAAAAGUAGUGCCCGACUACUACGACUGGGUCCAAUAUCCGAUGGACUUAACCACUGUGAGCCAACGGUUAAAAUCCCAUUAUUAUUGCAAUAAGAGGCUCUUCAUUGCCGAUAUCAAGAGAAUGUUUGCCAAUUGUCGGGCAUACAAUGCACCUGAUACUGAGUACUACAAUUGUGCGGUCGUUUUGGAAAAAUACGUGAAUGUCAAAUUGAGAGAUCACGGUCUUUUGGAAAAAUGAAAGAGCUCGUGCUACUUAAAAUUAUGUUAAACGUGUAAAUUUGAAACAAUAAACUGCAGAAAUUCUUGUCUUAAA